GAGCAGCCGAAGCCUUCCGCCGGAGCCGGCGCGCCUUCGCCUUGGCGCGGCGGGGCCGCUGGAGGCGGGGCCGCCCGAGGCAGGGUUGCCGGAGGGUCACUCUCGCGCGCAGCCUGCGGAGGCGGCGGCGCCAGAUCCGCGGGGGGCGGACAUCUGGAACUCGAGCGUGGCCUGGAGCACCGUGCGGAGCUACCACCCCGCCGGCGUCAUCUCCCACAUCGGCGGCGGGAGGGUGGCCUGGCAUAACGCCUCGUUCCUGAGCCUGAACGCGAUCUACGUGCUGGCCGCCGUCGCCUACCCUGCCUUCCUGCUGCUCGCCCUCCUGGUGGCGAGCGUGCUGCUCGGCCUCUGCCUGAAGGGCCCCGAGGGUGCGGAGGAGCCCCCCGCCAGGUCCUCGUGGGAGGACCCUCUCUGCAGGCCGCCUACGGCCGACGCGGAGGCCUUCACAGGCCUCUCGCUGGGAGCCUACGCCUGCUGGGCCGCGCUCUGCGGCGCGAUCCCCGCGCUGCUCGUCUUCGGCACCCCCGUGCUCCUGGUGGCCAUGUCCUACCAGCACCCGCAGGAGGUCUUCGCCGUGCUCGCCAUCCUCUCCUCCUGCUUCAUCUUCCACGGCGGCCUCCACAUGCUGGUCUUCGCCGGCGCCGGCGUGGCGCGCAUGCGGCGCGCCCUGGCGUCGCCGGGCGCCGACUGGGAGGGCGGGGACGCGGCCACGCACUGGGUGCUGCUGCCGCAGUACCGCGAGGACGUCGAGGUCGUGUCCGCCGCCCUCGCGUCCGUCGCGCGCAGCCGCGUCGCGCGCCAGAGGAUCUGCGUGCUGCUGGCGAUGGAGGGCUCCGAGCCAGAGGCCCGCUGGAAGGCGGAGGAGCUCCAGCGCCGCUUCGCCGGCCAGUUCCUGGAGCUGCGCGCCACGUUCCACCCGGCGGGCCUGCCGAACCACCCGCCUGGCAAGGCGAGCAACGUCUCGUGGGCGUUCGAGGUCCUGCGCCUGGGCCUCGCGGCGGCCCCUGGCGCGGCGCGCGAGGAAGCCACCGGCGGCGAGGCGUGGGCGGGAGGCACGGACCUGGACGGCACGAUAGUCACCGUCUGCGACGCCGACUCCGAGUUCCACCCGCGCUACUUCGAGGCCGUCUCUGCGAUGUUCGCCGGCGCCGGCGAGGCCGACCGCCACAGCCGCAUUUGGCAGGCCCCGAUGCUCCACCUGAAGAACUACCAUAGCGUGCCCGGGCUCGUGGCAGUGGGCGCCCUGUUCACGAGCAUGGCGGAGCUCGCCUCGCUCUCAGACCCCAACGCGGUCAGGCUCCCCUACUCCACCUACUCCUUGUCUCUCACCCUCGCCCGCCGCGUGGGCGGCUGGGACCCGGAGUGGAUCGCCGAGGACUACCACAUGGGCCUCAAGUGCCUCCUGCUCUCCCGGGCUGCCAUCUCGGUGGAGCCCGUGCUCCUCCCGACGGUGAGCUACAUGGUGGAAGAGGAGACCUGGCUGGGCACAUUGUGGGCGCGCUGGGUCCAGGCCCAGCGGCACGCCCUGGGGUUUUCGGACGUCACGUACUUCUUCCGCACCCUGCCCCUGGUCCUGAGUCACGCGGCGUCCCAGGAGCCCGGGCACGAGAGCAUGAGCAGGUUCUGGGCGCUUGUCUCGCAGGGGCUCGGGGUGCUCAUCAAGCUGACCAACAUCCACGCCCUCGUCGGGGUGCUGUCCACGUACGGCGCCAUCCAGUCGGCGAUGCGCACCGUGAUGCGCCUCGCCUUCGAGGAGGACCGGCACCUGGUGUUCCUCUUCGACAGCGCGUCCUUCUGCACCGUGCUGCUGGCGAUCGCGGGGCUCCUCUUCACCGCCGCGCUCUCCGCGCUCUUCGUGUGCCUCUACGCCCUCGUGCGGGACCGGCUCGAGGGCGCGACCGCGCGGCACCCGCUGUGGCACUUCUGCCGCGUGGCCGCCCUCGUGUUCGCCUGCGGCCCCGUCUACUUCCUGGCCCUCGCCCUUUGCACCUGGCGCGCGGCGGCGCUGGUGCUGCUCCGACAGCCUCUCGAGUACCAGGUGGCGCCGAAGCCGCCGCCCCUCGCAGCCGCCGCAGCGCCCGAGCGGGCUGCCGGGCCCGAGCGCUGCGGCCGCCGCGGGCGCGGCGGCGGCGCCGCGGCGGGCUGCGCCGCGGCCGCGGCAGGCGCACGCGGCGCGGCGGCCGCCGCCGCGGCAGGGCUGCGCCGCGGCCGCUGCGGCGGCGCCUUGCCGCGGCCGCCGCGCCGCGGCCGCCGGGCCCGUCUGCGGCGGGCGCGCGCGGCGGGCGCUGCGUUCGCGCGCCGCCGCCGCCGCGGCCGCGGCGCCCGGUCUGUUCCGCCAAAGGUCGGGGGGCAAGGUUCGGGACCGCUGGGGCCGCGCCUUGAGCAAGUCCUGCCGCCUGCUGUCUGGG